AUGAGUCCUAACUUCACAGCCUUGACCCUCUGUCUGCUCUGGGCUGCAGGUAAACUUAUCACCUCUCAGAAAAGGCAAAAACAAGAUGUCUUCUCUGUGAAUUAUGGAUGAAAAUGUCCUGGCAUUGGUGUAAUAACAGCAUCAUGUUAAACUUUAAAAUGAAGGUGUUCUCAUGCCGUCUCUUGUUCUCUGUGUUUCAGGUGUUUCUCGGUCUUUGCUGAUCACUCAGUGGCCUGAAAACAUCUCCAGUCCUCCUGGUGACUCCGCAGAAAUGAACUGCUACCAGAAUAAAUCUGAUUAUGAAUACCUUUACUGGUACAGACAGACAGGAGGACGGGGUUUUCAGUUAAUAGUGUCGUUAGUAGCAGGCACGCCAACAUAUGAAGAUGAAUUCAAACCUGGUUUCCAAGCAGUGAGAGUGAGCGAGAAGCUCUGGAAUCUGAAGAUAGAGAGCGUUCAGGAGAAGGAUGAGGCCGUUUAUCUGUGUGCAGCUUGUCACGGUGCUGCGGUAGACCUCAGGACUGUGACAAAAAUAUACAGCAGGAGAGACCCGCCCUCACAUCCUGAUUCACAUUAUAAAUGA